AUGAAAGUGCUGCUGCUGCUUCUGGCCGCCCUGGCUGCAGUCCCUGGAGCUUCCUCCAGCUGCCUGUUAGGGGCUUGUUACCCCCCCAGUGGAGACUUGCUGCUGGGCAGAGCUCGGCUGCUGCGGGCCUCAUCCACAUGUGGCCUCACAGGUUCUGAGGUCUACUGCACCCCGUAUCAGCAGAGGAGAAUGAAGUGUUGUCCUUGUGAUUCACAAAACCCAGAGGGUCCGCUGGCCCACACCAUCCAGGAGGUCCUCUCUACAGCUGCUCCGGACCGAUGGUGGCAGUCACAGAAAGGAGUGAGUCCUGUCACAAUACAAAUGGAUCUCAAAGGCCUGUUUCAACUCGACAAUCUGAUCUUGGACUUUAAGGGUCCUCGGCCUCAGGCGUUGAUGAUCGAGAGGAGCUCAGACGAUGGAAGAACGUGGCAGCCGUACGUCUACAUGGCCACACACUGUCCUUCUGCUUUCCCUGGAGUCCCCACAACCACCCCACUACAACUGAAAGACACAUACUGUUACACCCUGCCCCCCGUCGGGAGUGACGCGUACCGGGAUCACCAAAUCCACUUGAGGCCUCUCGAACAAUACAUGUAUGUUCCAGUCCCUAAAGACCAGAAGAUUGAAGAGGUCUCGGGUCUGACGAAUCUCCGGGUGACACUGGCACAGCUGGGCGAGGUGCCUCAGAUCCCAGGACGGUCCCUGAGCAGGUUCUUUGCUCUGAAAGAAAUGAAGAUGCACGGCCGCUGUAUGUGUCACGGACAUGCUAACAAAUGUCUGCCAGAUUCAACAUCGUACUCAAACUACAUCCAGGUGCAUCCGCGGUGUGAGUGCCAACACAACACCGCCGGCCUCAACUGUGAACGCUGUGCCGAGCUUUACAAUGACCUGCCCUGGAGAGCCGCCGAGGAGGACAACACGCACACAUGCAGACGCUGUGAGUGCAACAACCACGCCGAGCGCUGUCGUUUUGACCGAGACGUGUACGAGGCGAGUGGGCGUCGCAGCGGAGGUGUUUGUGUGGACUGUAUGCACCACACCACAGGCCCCAAGUGUGACCAGUGCGCCCCCGGGUACCAGGCGAACCCCCGCAGCAGCAGGGACCGGCCUGACGCCUGUAUACGUUGUGUGUGCAGUGCAGCUGGGACUGUGGAUGGAGCUCUCUGUGAUGACAGCUCAGGCUCGUGUCAGUGCAAAGCUAACGUGGAGGGUUCUGAGUGUGACCGCUGUAAACCGGGAUUCUACAACCUGAGCUCCUCCAACCCUCAGGGCUGCACCAAAUGCCGCUGCUCUCCCAUUGGCUCCUUGUCCGAGCUCUGUGAUGUCGUGACCGGUCAGUGCCUGUGCCACCCUAAUACCUCUGGGCGUGAGAGCUGCUCCCCCGGGUUCUGGAGGCCCGUGGGCUCUGAGCGCUGUGAGCCCUGUGCAUGUGACCCUGCUUCUUCUCUGAGCAACAGCUGCGAUCAGUCGGGACAGUGUCGCUGCAAGUCCGGAUUUGGAGGCAAGACCUGCUCUGAGUGCGGACCUCAUAUGUUCGGAGAUCCUUUCAGAGGCUGCAGACCGUGUGACUGCGACAGAGACGGCACAUUGGCGGAGGGCUGCGAUAAACAGACCGGGACGUGUGUGUGUCGACCCAGCGUGACAGGCCCCCGCUGUGACACUUGCAGUCGGGACCGCUGCGACUCCUUCCCGCUCUGUCAGACAUGUCCGUCCUGCUUUUUCACCCUCGAUGCCCAAAGACAGAACAUCAGCGCUGCCCUGAGAAAACUGCAGCUCCCAGGGACCCCAGGACCAUCCCCGGAUUUCGGACCCCGCAUCCAUGCUCUUGAAUCCAGCCUGAACAACAUCAAGAAUGGCAUCUCUCUCCCACCUGCUGUUUCUGUGGAUGUUGAUAAGGCCUUGGUCACGAUCAGUCAACUUCAAUCAGAGAUGAAUAAAAUAAAUAAGACUUUAAAACCUUUGGAGAAAACGAAUCUGGAACCAGAGCUGGACAAACUGCAGGAUCUUCUGGACUCUCUGAAUUUAGAUUUCAAGAUCAAGAGUGACAACCUGAAAAACACAACCAGUCCCACAGACACAGGAGCGUUUUCUGCCAUCAAGAAAGCCUAUAACGAAUCUACGGACACUGCUCGAAACGUGAGCACAUCAAUCAAAAAACUUGGAAAAACCACCGACACCAGAAAAGACCUUGAGGACCAGCUCAACCAAGUUCUGCCGAUUAACACCAAGAAUUUAAGCCGGUUGAAUAGCAGCUUUGCCUCGGAGCCUGACCUCAGUCCUCUGGCCAAGAUGGUGUGUGGCAAAGUCCUCUCAGAAGCCUGCACACCUCUACAGUGUUCGACAGAGGAACUGUGUGCUCCUGACGGACAGCCUCCGUGUGAAUCGGGAAAACCCUGCCUCGGUGCUCUGCCUCUGGGGAACAAAGCUGCUGCCGAUGCUGGACAAGUGCAAGACAAACUGGAUGUGCUUUCCAAAAAGAUCUCAGAUGCAGCCAAGAAGCUUCAGAAAACACAGGAGACCACGAAUCAGGUGCGAGAUUCUACUGAAAAACUGAACAAUCAAAUUAAAAAAGCCAGAGAUGCAUUGGAGGAAGACUUAAAGAAGAGUCGGGAUGUGGUGAAGGAGCUCAAGGACUUCCUCUCCGACCCCUCCUCGAACCUGACCCACAUCCAGCAGGUGAGUGACUGGGUGCUCAAAGCCAAACUUCCAGUGAGUCUUACUGCUUUGAAGUCGAAGCUGGAUGAACUCAAGAACCUGGCCAGUGAUUUGCCGAACAGUACCGCGGUGCUGCAGCAGGCCCAGCCGCAGCUCGAGGCGGCAAAGAAACUGCUGCAGGAGGCACAGGACGCACGAGACACGGCCAACGCAGUGAAGGCGGAUGUGGACGAUCAGGUGACAGAGCUGAGAUCCGUGGAACAGUCCCUGUCCGACAUAGAAGACAAGCUGGACCAAAGCUCGGACCUCGUGAAUUCCCUCAGCGACUACAUCUCCAAGGUGGAGCAACAGCUGAGUCCGGCAGAGAAGGCUUUGAACGACACCUCGGAAGUUCUGAAGCCCGUGAAACCCAACCUGGAAGAGCUCAAACGUCUGCUGGAUGAAGCCAAACGGCAAACUCUGGACGUUCAGGACAAGGCGGACGAUGCUGAGGAGGAGGCGGCCAUAACAGCUGAGGACAUGAAGACCCUGGAGAAACAACUUGAGAUUCUGAAAACUAAAGCAGCUGACAGUAAACCGGACGGAGACACAGAAAAGUUAGGAGAACGCUUGACAAAACUUCAAGAAGACGCCAAGACUCUCACCAACACCACCAACAGCAUGUUCAACGCUCUGGACGGUAAAGCAGAGUCCAUCAGGCAGCUCCAAAAGGAGAUCCUUGCAAAGUCCAGCACACUGGAGGGCCUGGACGUCAAACUUGGUGACCUUCUUGCUCAACUGCGAAAAAGGGCCAAGGAGCUCCGCAGCUGCCAAGCCUGA